UUAAAUUGUUAAUGUGUUUAUAAAAACUAUUUCAAAACUUCUCAAUAAGUGGCACUUUUUGUGUGAAAAUUUAAGUAAAAAUGGGAUAAAUAAACUGACCGCAACCCGACAUUCAGCACUAGUACAAAAAAGGUUGCGCAGAGAAAAACGGACGCGAAGACAGUUGCAGGAACGUAUGGACUUGGAAAGCAAAAGGAGAGCACAAUUGGAGGAAGCAUUACGGUCAGCAGGAGCAGCCGAUCAAAUCAACAUUAUAAAUGAUAAACUGUCUCAAUCUGAACAAAAACCGAACACCAGCAACACCCAACCCUCAAUGAGCAGCUCAUCGUCGGCCAACAAUCCCCAAAAUCUCUCUCCUUUGGACACGCACGCAUCUUCGGAACGAUCUGAUCGUCUAACAGAACGUCUGACAGAACAGCGCCCCGUAGAUAGGAUAAAGCAGGAGCGCGAAGAACCACCAGGAUCAGGAUAUGGUCAACAGGCGCCCAGAGAUAUCAGGGAACCUCCUCCUCAACCGCCUAUGCCUCAGGAUAACAAGCCUUGGGGAUACGCCGGAAUCGAGCUAAUGAAUACUGGGGCUGCAUUUUGGCAAAACUACUCUGAUUCUCUGGCGCAAGAAUUGGAAAUGGAGAGAAAAUCUCGCCAACAACAAGUAGAAAGAGAAGUCAAAUCACCGCUUCAAGAUAGAUCAGGAUAUUACAAAAAUUCGGUCAUGUUUACAAGUAGCGCCACCUAAAUCCUAGCAGCAAAACGGUACUUUAAAUUAUGUAAAUACACUUUUUAAAAAUUGAUUAUAGAAUAUAAUCCUAACGAAACGGUUAUAGAAUGCAAGAAGUCUGAAAAAAUAUCUGUUAAGGGGUUUUUUCAAAGAGAAAUCACUUGUUUUUUCUGAUUAAUCUUUAUGUGUCACACAUUUAUAAAUUUUUCCUCCGAUUUAGUUAACCUAACAUUUUGUAUUCCCUGUGUUUCCCUCUCUCUCCGUUCUAUUUAUAAUGAGUGAAAUUUUUCCUCCAUCAAAUUGUGCCUCUUCUCUUUUUAAGCAUGCCAUUCUUUCCCUUCUUUGUUUUCCCUCACGAUAUUAUUUGCUACAUUUUUUGUAAUUAUUUCUAAUAGAUGUUUGUAACGUUUUUUACGUAUUUGGCUUCAUAGUUUUGUAAAGAGGUUAUAAUUUUGGUCUUUUUUAAUUACGACGUUUUCUCGAUAUUUUCUCGACGUUUUCUCGACGUUUUCUCAACGUUUUUUCAGUUUUUA